ACUCGCUCGGAGCUCCCCUGUUGUUCAGAUGACGCUGGGUGGCUUCUGUGACGGAGCGACACUAUCUAUCGAUAUUUUCUAAACCCUCCUCCAGCACAGACAGGGGCUCUGUCCGUCUUUUCGUCGAUAGGAUCGAUUUGUAUUUUUCUUACCCCGCUAUCUUCCCGCUUUGACGUGGUGCUUGCGAAUUCUUUUGUGGCGUUUGAAGCUGUUUUCUAUGAUGUUGGCGAGUGGCAUCUGUCUACUGCAGUGGUGCGCAGCUUCGCCUGGAGAAACACCUGUGCGCCUGUCCUCGCCGCUGGCCGCCGUCUUCAAUGUUGAGUAGAAAAAGGAUAACCCUAAGGCGCGGUGUCUGUUUGCAGAACAAGGAAAGGAGCGGCACAAACACUGCACAGCCAGACAUCAUGCGAGGAGAAACCUUUCCACGAUGCAAAGUGCUGAAAUGUUAAGUCUGGAGAGCGAGAGUGUCAGAUCAAAUCAGCAGACUGUUUACAUCAGAGGCUGCCUGACAAUAGACUCAGCAUCAGCCUGUGUUGGGCUAAAGGCCCCUUUCAUUCACAACCCAAACAAGACACGUUAACGGAUCUGUCGUUGUUUUUAUCAGGUUCAGCAAAUCAGAAAGAGUCCGGAAUGGAGUGGUCACUAGAGAGCAUUAGAGAGAUGGUGGCUGGAGGGAUGCAGUCUGUGAGGGAAUGUGAGAUCUGUGCUUUUUCCAUCGCCAUGUGUGUACUGCUGCUGUUUAUGUGGUACUGCUACAGAGUGGGCCGAGAGCACGGCUCCAGCCCACUGCGUGGGAGGUAUCUAGUGGGGCCUGGCCGGAUUGGAGGGGUGGUGGGGGGUUUCAUGAGCUCAGACUGCCGGAACAGGGGGAAAGGAAAGCGCGGAUCAAUGCUGGAGGAGCAGAAUGGCUUUGCUUUCUGCCAGUCAUCAGAGUGCUUCCGCUGUACCAGUGCCGGCGAGAGUCUGAACCAGAGGCUCUACCACAGUCUGCAGGAGUAUGCCAAGCGCUAUACCUGGUCAGGUAUGGGCAGGGUACACAAAGGAGUCCGUGACCAAGGCAGAUAUCUCAACAGCCGACCCACGAUCCAACGCCCUGAGGUCUUCUUCCUCCCCGAUCUGCCGUCUGCUCCUUUCUUCUCCAGAGAAGUUCAGAGGCAUGACGUGGAGCUGUUGGAACAGAGCUUCCCCGCCCUUCUGGCUGAGUUUGAAAGCAUCUACCACCAGCCUCCAGCUCGCAGUGGCUCCUCCCUCCCACCAGGGUGGAAAGCUAACAACACCCCUCGUGGGCAGUGGUGGACCUACUACCUGGUCAACCAAGGCACCCCUUUGGUCCUGAAUGUCAGGAGAUGUCCGCGGGCAUGGCGGGUGCUGGGCCAGCUGCGCACCUUCAUUGCCAACAACGUAUUUGGAAAUGCCUGCUUCUCCGUACUGACGCCUGGAGCUCUUAUUACGGAGCACUAUGGUCCCACUAAUGUCAGACUGCGCUGCCACCUGGGUCUCAGAGUACCGCCGUCCUGCGAGCUUGUAGUCGGUGGAGAGCCACAGUGCUGGUCCGAGGGCAGCUGUCUGCUUUUUGACGACUCGUUUCUCCACAGAGCCUUUCAUGAGGGUAAUCUGGAGGACGGCCCCAGAGUGGUCUUCAUGGUGGAUCUGUGGCAUCCCAAUGUAGCUGCUGCUGAGAGACAAGCCUUAGACUACAUUUUCACUCCAGGCCGUCUAGAAGACAAAGAAGGCAAAUGAGGGAGACAGGUGGCAAUAUUAGGGGAAGUGUGUCAGGUUGGGGGAGCAGCUUUACUGAGUGGCUUCUUGUUUAAGAGGGUGAAACAAGGAAGGGCUGGUACAGUGGGCGGGUCAGUUUCCCACUGCACUCAUUGACCUAUUUUAACAGGCUUCUGCUUCGGUUCAUUUGAAACUGAAACACUAAGCUCCAACUCUGACCAGAUUCAUUUCUGUAUUCUACAACCAAGACUUUCUUGCAGACCAGCUCUCACCUACACUGUGUACAUAUAGUGGAGUUUAAAGAACACUGACCCAUCAAGGCAAAUGACCGAACAUUGGGCCUCUUUUAUCUACUGCAGUUUCACACGUGUUGCAGUGUAAAACACGCCUUAGUAAUAAAGCACUCCUAAAAUGCUAUAUAACAUUUCUAAACAUCAGGAAUGUAGUUGUAUGCACCCUCAGAUAGUCACUAAUAUACAUUCUCUUGCUGAUCUACUCACAAACUCAAAAUAUGAACAAAAAGGAGUAGCAGCAAACCGAUACCACGUCACGGAGGGAUUUUCUGCGCACUUUGCUGUAUUUUCCUAACACACUUUCUAACUUUCUGCAGUACCAUGAGUUAUUUUUUUUUUCUGUAACAUCCUGGAUGAAGCUCAGUGUCGUCUAGCAGAACUUAUGCACACAGGAGUUGUUUGGAUCACAACUGCGUUAUCUGCGUGGAAUAUUCUUAGGCUCAAUUUGGUUUAAUAUCAACCCAGAAUAAUGUGUUUACAUGCAAUUACUGGCCAAAUCCUUAGUUAUUGAUGUUCAAAAGCCACUCAAUCACACGGGGGCAGUUCGUGGCAUUUGCUCAUGUAGGCAUGGUGAAGGUGACCUGCACCAGUCCAGACAAGUUUUUAGUGCAGGUGAGUAAUUUCAAAUCAGUUUGAAACUUAGAUUCACUUUGAUUUUUGCAUAUUAUGGUGGUUUUUAUAGGAAAUGUUUAGCUGUAUAAAAUGACCUUUAGUUUUCUGAGUGAAAAGCAAAGUUUGAAGAACGUCUGUAAGCAAAUUCAGCAGCAGAAGUCUAUAAAUGCUGUUGAACAAGCACAGGAAACAGACUAGAAUUCACAUUAAUUUGUCUGAAAAUGACAAGACUGGAAAAAACAUGGUCUGAUUUAAUUCUCUUCCAUGACAAAUGAAGGCUGGAGCAGGAAUGUAAUGUGAUCAAUAUAAGUCUCAAUGUUAUAUUAACAUCUGUCCCUUAAAAUCAACAUUUUUCUUCGUGUUGAGCUUCAGAAGAUCCUCCAUGUCUACAUGGUUGGAAGCACCGAGUUGCUGCCAUGUGACAAGCUGACCAUUUUCACCAUAAUUUGAGGUGUAACAAAUAUCAUAUCUUUGUAAAGGAUUUCAAAAUCCCAGUUUAGUCUGACUGGAAUUUCUCUUUAGCUGCUUUAGAUGUCCUUCCUGUAGAAUGUGUUUUGACACUUGUGCAGUUUUAAUAUUCAGAUUCAUGAGGUGUUGUCCUUUAUUGUGUUAAUGACACUGAGCUUAAAAAAUGUUAUUUUUCUGUUUGAUCAUCACUAUUGCAAAAUGGUUUCUAACAUACUACAUAUUAAUGCAUGUCCUUGCUGUUUGAGUUUCCAUUAAAAUAGUUGAGUUGCUUGAAGGUGAAUUGGAAAGAAUAUGAUAAUAUGAAUCUAAAGGGUCUUCUGUUUGAGAUUAAUGCAGAAGGAUUAUCUAGUAGUCAUUUCUCAGACAUAAUCAGUAUUCAGCUUUUAAAAAAUACCAACACCAACAUGGAACAUCUGCAAAUAUUUAUAAAAGGGCUAAAAAAAUCCAUAAUUGGGUGUUUUGUGUUAUUUUAUGUACUAAUUUGAAUGUAUAGUGCGAUCUCCAUUCCUCUUUCUUUGCACCUAUUUCAUCAGAUUGUGUUGAUCUGGUCUAAAUGAAUGGAUGGCCUGUAUGCUCACAGAUUGUCUAUGUCCUGUCAGUGAUUGUAUCGCCCAUUCUGUCUUACUUAAGAAACAUCGUAGAAAUUAUCAAAAUGCAAUAAUUAUUUUGUUUUACAUGUCGCUAACCUUAACUAUGUGAUGAGUAGAUUGAGACCAGCUAACACAUAAGCACAGAACAGGUGAGUAGGAGAUGCAGGAUACCUCAAAGAAUUUAAAUGUUCCAUUUAAGUCCUGAAAUAUAUACGGUGGCAGUUGUCGUGUUAUAACGCAGGAACACAACUGUCCCUCAGCUCAUCCCUAAUGAGGAUGAUUGGAUUUAUCCGUGUGUGGUUUGAUAAUUGAGGUCCAAUGUCAGCCGCGGUCAGAAUGUUCAGGCGCUGACUCUCGCAGGUGUUCUAGUGAAUUGUGCUCCCCUCUGAAAAUCAGUACCAUGGUUACAGAAGCACAUCUGAAGUGCAAGUUGUAAGUGUGGCACUGCAGAUGAAGAGUUUUUGGUAAACUUCUGGACUCUUGUAAUUUAGUUGAAUUUGAUAUCAGGUUUGUAUUUCUGUAAAUAACCCUAAACUGAAGAAAAAAGAAAAAAACUGAUUGGUCUGAGAUAUUUUGAAAUGAUUGUCUUCAGCGCUUUAACUAUUGUGUUGUCUUGAUUUCUAUCUCAAGUGAUCGAAGGUCAACAACUAUGAACGUCUUUCCUGACACAUCCACUAAGUAUAUUCUGUGAAAUGUUUAUAAAGUACACUCUCUAUUGUUGUGUGAUGCUUUAGUUUUUCCCCUUCAAUCUGUAAGUUUUUGCAGCACUGUAUGGUAUCCAUUAGAAAAAACCCUUUAGCAGCACUUCACAAAGGUACAUAUUGUCAAGAAGUAAAAAAAAGAAUCUUCUGCUGCUUUGGUUGUCCGAUGCAAUUCAAGAUACCCAUCCAUUCAGUUCUAAUGUUUACAAAAGGUGUGGUUCUCACACACUGUUUACAACAGCAGAUAACACUGACACACACACACGGAGCUGUCCACCAAGAGCUGCUUGGAAUUCCCAAAGUAUUGGCUUUAGAUGCACUGGAUGAUGGGGCAAGAGUUUUUGUUUACAUUUUUUGAUUAAAGACUUUUUCUUUCUUUCAAAACGUUCUUGUGUGGAUUUUGAAUAGUAUUUCUGUACAUUUAAUAAACUGUCAAGUCUCUUAUUUAAA